AUGCGCUCGAAUCUGUUCCUCGCUGCUCUGGCAGCUGGGGCCGUCCACGCCUAUGAGAAGCGUGUCUACGUAACCGACUGGACUACCGUCACUGUUACUAAGACCGUCACUGCGUCCGCCGUCACCGAGACCGUCACCCCUGCUCAACAAGUCCAGGUGGCCGACACCGUUUUCACCACCUCCACUGAGGCUCCCGCUGUCGCGGAGACCAAAUCGACCUCCGAUCUUGCCAAGAAGUCCACCGAGGCUGUUCCAGUCAACGAGCCUGCCCCCACCGAGGCCGCUCAGGUUCAGCAGGAGCCUACCUCUUGGUUCUCCACCGCCUGGACCUCCACCUUCGAAGCUGCUUCAUCGACCACCCAGGCCCCGGCUCCGGCUUCGACCUCCUCGACCACCCAGGCCGCCCCCGCCUCUACCUCUACCGCAUCUAGCUCCGACCUGCCCGCCGGUCUCACCGCAAAGUACAAGGCAGACGUUCUUCACAACCACAAUGUCCACCGGAGCAACCACUCGGCCUCUGCGCUCGACUGGCAUGACGAUCUGUAUACCGCCGCCCUACACGUGGCCGAGAAAUGCGUCUACGCGCACGACACCAAAAUGGAUGAGGAAACCACUGGCCAGUACGGGCAAAACAUUGGCUAUGGUGUCGAAGGCACGGCUGUUGGUGAGAUGAUUACCAACCUGAUGUACAACGACGAGAUUGGUUAUUACCCUGGCUACGGUGAAGCCGAUCCCUCCAUGGAUCUCUUUGAUAAGUGGGGACACUUCUCCCAGAUCGUCUGGAAGGGCACUACUCACGUCGCCUGCGCCACCGUACCGUGCGGCAACCUUGGAAACGUUGGUAGCGCUGCUCCCUUCACUGUCUGCAACUACUCGCCCCCGGGUAACUUCGCAAAUGAAUACGGUGACAACGUCCUGGCGCCUAAAGGCGAGUCCACCUACACUGCCUAA